AUGAUCCAGUCACAUCUGCUGCAGCUCAACCUUGUUGCUGGAAAGAGGCGUGAGGCUUUGAGGAUUGUGCUGCUGGGGAAGACUGGAGUGGGAAAGAGCGCUUCAGGAAACACCAUCCUGGGGAGAGAAGCGUUUAUAUCAGACUUCUUGGCCUCCUCUGUGACAAGAGAGAGUAAGAAGGAAAGAGCAGAAGUGAAUGGGAGAGAUGUGUGUGUUGUUGAUACUCCAGGCCUGUUUGACACAUAUUACAGCAAUGAAGAGAUCACAAAGGAGAUUGUAAAGUGCAUCUAUCUGUCCUCUCCGGGUCCCCAUGCAUUCCUGGUUUUGAUCCAGCUGGGUAGAUUCACAACAGAGGAGCAGGAUACAGUUAAGUUGAUUAAGCAAAUCUUUGGUGAAAAAUCAGACAAAUAUACAAUGAUUCUGUUCACUCAUGGAGAUAAACUGAGGGGGAAAAGUAUUGAAGAAUUUAUGGGUAGGGAUACAAAACUAGUAGAGUUGAUCGCUCAGUUCCGUGGGGGAUAUCAUGUGUUUAACAACGAGGACCCAGAGAAUCGGUCUCAGGUCACAGAGCUGCUGCAGAAGAUUGAUAAGAUGGUGACGGUGAAUGGAGGGGGCCACUACACCACUGAGAUGUACCAGAGGGUUGAAGAAGAGAUUGAGAGACAGAAGGCACAGAUUCUGAAAGAGACAGAAGAGAAGAGAAAGAGAGAAGAGGAGGAGCUGGAGAAAUGGAUCAAGAACAAAGAUGAGAGGAAGAAAGUGAGAGCUAGAGAAGAGCUUAGAAGAAGGCACGAGGAAACAGCUAGACUUGAAGCCGAGUUAUCGCCAGAACCAAAGAAAAAUAUGGUUGAAGCCUCCAUCAGCAGAGAAGAAGGCUUACGGACAUCCAUGGACAGGCAGUUGCGGGAGAUGAAGGCUUAUGUGGAUGAGAGAAGAUCACAACUUGAAGUGAGCAUAGUGGACUGUUUGCGCCGCCGUGACAAGAGGUGGACAUUCUUGACGUCUGACUAUCAAUCAGAGAUAGAGGAACAGCUACGAGUGACCGUACAGACUCCAACACAGUGUCUGAGAGACUUUGCGUACGACUAG